AUGAGUGCCCACGAGGUGCUCGGCGUGCCGCGCGACGCCUCGCCGGCCGUCAUCCGCAAGGCCUACUUGAAGCUCGCGCUCACGAGCCACCCGGACAAAGGCGGCUCCGUCGAGGUGUUCCGCCGCGUCCAGGAGGCCUACGAGUCGCUGCGCGACGGCAAAGCGAACGCGCCCGCGACGCCGCGGCGGGCCGCGACGCCGCGCGGCGAUCCUGAUGCGGCCGACCGGGACGACGCGCCGCGGUCGCGGCCGCGGCCGGGCGCGGGCGCGCGGCCGCCGCCGGCCGCGCCGUCGCCCGGCGCGCCGCCGCCGCCGCCGCCGGGCCAGGACGUGCGGCCCUUCCGCUGCGCGACCUGCGGCCGCCGCUUCGCGCAGCCGCGCCACCUCCGGGUCCACGCGAAGACGCACGCGCGCGAGCACUACGAGGCCGAGGCGCGCGGCGCGGCGCCGCGCGACUUCGGCGAGGGCGACGCGCCGAAGCGCACGCGCCAGUCGCGGCGCGAGCGGCCCAAGGCCGACGACGGCGCGAAAUGGCGCUGCGGCGUCUGCCGCCGGCCCAACGACGAGUCGGCGAACGAGUGCAGCGUCUGCGGCGUCGUGCGGAGCUACAACCGGCCCUUCGACACCGCGCGCGACGAGCGGGACUUCAUGCGGCGCGCCGCGCGCGACGACGCCGCGGCCGCGGCGCCGCCGCGCGCGCCCGAGCCCGACUCGGACGACGACAAGCCCCGCGCGGACCCGGAGCGCGUCGCGCGGGCCAAGCAGCGCGAGCGCGAGCGCGAGGCGACGGCCGCCGCGCGGCGCCGCGCGGGCCGGGACCCGGCGCCGCGCGACGCGUCGCCGCCGCCGUCGUCGGACCCGGCGCCGCCGGAGGACGUCCGCGAGGCCGCGCGGGCCGCCCGGGACCGCGAGGCCGCGCGCGAGUCGGCGCGCGCGCGGCGCCAGUCCGACGCGGACCGCGCGGACCGCGACCGCGCGGCCGCGGCGGAGCGGCGCCGCGCGGACGAGGCCGCGGAGCAGCGGCGCAUCCGCGAGGAGAUCCUGGCGCGGCGCGAGCGCGACGACCUCGAGGAGGCCCUGCGCCUGUCGGCCCUCGACGCCGCGCGCGACGACGAACGGCGGCGCCGCGAGGCGGAGGCCGAGGCCGCGGCCGCAGCGCGCGAGGCCCAGGCGCGGCGCAUCCGCGAGCACGAGGAGGACCAGCUGCGCAUGGCCAUCGACCGGAGCCGGCGCGACGAGGCCGAGCGGCGCGAGGCCGCGGAGCUCGAGGCCGCGCUGGCGCUCAGCACCGUCGCGGACGUCCCCGUGGAGCACGGCGGCGCGGCGUCCCUCGACGCGGCGCUCGCGUCCCCCCGGGGCGACUUCCGGCGCGCCGUCGCCGGCGGCCACCCGCAGGGCGACCGGGAGGCGUGGAACGCGCAAGUGCUCGUGCUGCGGGACCUGGGCUUCUCGCCGUCCGUCGCCGCGGCCUACGCGGACUCGCGCGUGCCCCUCGACGCGAUCAUCGAGCGCAUGUUCGAGGACGGCGUCGACUUCGAGGAGGAGCCCGUGUACGCGGCGCGCGAGCGGACCGUGCGGACCGCGUCGCGGCUGCGGAGCUUCGCGUCGUCGGCCGCGAGUCGCGUCAAGGACGCCUUCCGCGGCGCGGCGAGCCCCAAGGCCGGCCGCGCCGCGACCUACGAGGUCCAGACCGCCGUGCCCGUCGUCGACGCGGAGGCCGCGUCGUCCGACGACGCGUGGACGCCCCUCGUCUGCCCGCUGUCCCACGCGACCUACUGGACCAACGCCGUCCUCGAGCUUUCGAGCUGGUCCGACCCGCGCACGGACCCGGGGGCGACGCUCUACGACGCGCGGUCCGUCUAA